AUGUCAACUGAUGAUGAGAUUCUUGAAAUGUUUUUCGACGAACAAUUUAUGCCGCUUGCCUAUUUGGACUUACUUUUGUCGCCAGAUGGUCCCUUAGGCGAAACUCAUUCGAUGUCUUCGUCACUGUUAUCAAGGCUGGACCUUUAUACAGACCGCUUAACAAGUCAAUUGGAGUCGACAGUGCAUAAUUUGCGCAAGCCAACAGAAUUGCUUUCUUAUACUGGUGUACACACUGACUUGGGUGACACGACCAAGCUACAAUACUACUUGGAUACCUUAAGCAAUUCUGUCAAGGAUUUGAAGGGAGACAUUGAAACUGUUAAUGUGCAACUCUCGAAUCUCAAAGUUGAAAACGCAGAAAGUAUACGAACAACUGAAGCCCUUCAUGAUUUGAACCUGGUUAAAUCACGUCUCCUUCAAGUUUCUAAAUGUUUUGAAGAUCUUCGCGCCAUAGCAAUAGCCUCAUUCGAAGGCGUUGGCAAAGACGAAAUACCUCAAAUUAUAUCUUCCAACGAGUUUAAAAGAUCCCUUAAGCAACUGCAGGAUCUUUUGUGCACUGAGUUCGAAGAAUCGUUAUCGCGCGAGUCAUCUCAGAGCAGAAACGAAGAUCUGCUGAGGAAGCUCAAAAAUUACGAAGACCUUAGGCCAACUUUUAAAACGUAA